AUGAAGCGUUCAUUACCGGUAUCUUCGUUGAAGCUGGCAGAUCUACUGCCAGAGCUCUCGGUGUCUGACGCGGACCAAGAAAUGCUACGAGACCUGGCCAGCGAUCUGGUCACACACAAUCUGGAGCAAAGCAACACGCUGAUGGUCACUAAGAAAGGGUACCCAGAAUCGAUCACAGGCCAAUGGAAAGAGAUGCGACGCAAAGACGGAGUGAGAAUCUUCCGCGAGCGCCCAGGAUCUGAUCGAGGCAGCGCACCCUUCACACCGUCAUUGUUAUUACUGGGAACAGUGGAUGGAACGGUGGAGGAUGUAAUGUAUGGCGUAGUGGCAACUACGGACGCUGCGAUGAGGAUCAACUCUACGUACGUGAACGACGGCAUGCUGGAUACAAAAAUGCUAUGUGAGCUGGUAGAACCGUCGAUAGAAGACCCAUUCUACCACGUUGGUAUCAAAUGGAAGCUCUUUAGUGAACGAGACUACGUUUCAUUAGAUACAACCGGCAUCCUACGUUUCAGCAACGGGGAACGGGUUGGGUAUAAUUUAUCUCAUUCCGUUGCGUUCCCGGGCCUACCAACAUUUACAAAACAUGGCGUUCUACGUGGCAAUAUGUCGAUGUGCUCGCUCUACCGACAAAAGACCCUAACGACUGUUGAGUGCUAUGUUCGAGGGUUCUUCGACUUUCCCACUAAAGGCGAAAUGCUCAACAAUGUUGCACUGCAAGCUCUGGCGUCGCAGUGGCUGUCAUUUGGACGCAAAGUCGAGUGUGGGCGCACGAAGAAGCUCGCGUGGAGACUACGUAGGAAUAGUCUCGAUGCUCGCAGCUCAGACGGUAGUAAUGCCAGCACCUGUUCAAGCUGUGCUUCGUCGCCAAGUGUUAGGACCUCCCAGCCAUCUACUCGACCUGGGGUGUGUGCCCGUUGCUCUCACAGCUUCGGAUUUUUCGGCACCAGUCGCGAGAUCUGUAGAAGCUGCACGCAAUCAUUCUGUACCCGGAGAAGAAGCGUCCAUUCUGUCGAGAGUGCGUUGAUGAUGCCGCGAUGA